AUGGGAUUGGCGGUUAGUUUUACCGUCAUUCCUUCGAUGGAUCAAUGGGCUUAUGUCAAAAAUAUUCUUCAACGUAAUGGGCCUCUUCAAAGAAAGGAAUUUGAGGCUUCACAUGAACUUUUUGGUAUGGUUCGCAACCACGUGCGCCUACUCGUCAUUGGCGCUGGAGGCCUGGGAUGUGAACUCCUCAAGGAUUUGGCUUUAAUGGGGUUUAGCAACAUUGAUGUUAUCGAUAUGGAUACUAUAGAUAUCUCGAAUCUAAAUAGGCAAUUUCUUUUUCGAACGAAAGAUAUAGGCCGCUCUAAAGCCGAAGUCGCUGCUGAAUUUAUCAUGAAAAGGAUUCCAUCCUGUAAAGUCAUCCCACAUUUCAACAAAAUUCAAGACUUCGGCGACAACUUUUAUAGGCAGUUUAAUGUUGUCGUUUGUGGUCUUGAUUCGGUUCUUGCAAGGCGUUGGAUAAAUAGCACAUUGGCCGGCCUUGUCCGCUAUGAUUCUUCAGGAGUUCCUGACCCCCACACCGUGAUCCCUCUAGUUGAUGGUGGAACUGAGGGAUUCAGGGGUAAUAGUCUUGUUAUCUUGUUCGGUCACACUGGCUGCCUUGAGUGCGCGCUUGACCUUUAUCCACCUCAAGUUAACUUCCCCCUUUGCACAAUAGCUCACACACCUCGUCUCCCGGAGCACUGCAUUGAGUUUGCUCGGGUUCUCCUGUGGCCACAAGAAAAACCCUUCGGAGCUUCAGUAGAACUAGAUGCUGAUAUACCUGAACAUAUUCAGUGGAUAUAUGAAAAGGCAUUGGUUCGAGCUUCGGAGUUUGGUAUUUCUGGUAUAACCAUGCGAUUGGUUAAAGGGGUGAUCAAACGCAUCAUUCCUGCUGUGGCCUCUACCAAUGCGAUCAUUGCUGCCUCUUGCGCAACCGAGGUUUUUAAACUGGUCACCUUCUGCUAUGACUAUUUAAACAAUUAUAUGAACUUCAAUGACGCAGAUGGCAUCUAUACCUACACUUUCCCUAUCGAACGAAAGGUCGUGGCAGCAUCCCUCAUAUUUUGA